CUGCCCUCUAAAAAAAUUAUUACAGAAAGACCCCAAAGGUUGUAGCUUUUUUCAAGGCCGGGAGGAGCAAGGAGAUCUCUUGCCUCUCUCUCUUCCUCCUCCUCUAAAAACACCACCUUUCUCUCUUUCUCUCUCUAAAAACGCCCCAUUUUUGUGGAGAGAGAGAGAGAGAGAGAGAGGGAUGGGAGAGAAACAGGACAGAGAAGGAGUAAUGGCCACAGAUUUCUUCUGGUCUUACACGGAUGAGCCUCAUGCAUCUAGAAGGAAGCAGAUCCUCUCCAAACACCCUCAGAUCAGGGAGCUCUUCGGCCCUGAUCCAUGGGCCUUCCUCAAGAUCACUGUGGUUGUUCUUCUUCAACUCACGACCGCGAUUCACCUCCGCAAUGCCGGCUGGCUAAAAAUGUUAACCAUUGCCUACUUCUUUGGCUCCUUCCUCAACCACAACCUCUUCCUCGCCAUCCACGAGCUGAGCCACAAUCUCGCCUUCUCCUCCCCUGUCCUCAACCGCUGGCUUGGCAUCUUCGCCAACCUCCCCAUUGGUGUCCCAAUGUCCGUCACCUUCCAAAAAUACCACCUCGAGCACCACCGCUUCCAGGGCGUCGACGGCAUCGACAUGGACGUCCCCACCCGAGUCGAAGCCCUCGCAGUCACCAACUCCUUCACAAAAUCCAUCUGGGUCCUGCUACAACUCUUUUUUUACGCUCUACGCCCUGUUUUCCUUAAACCCAAACCCCCGGGUUUAUGGGAAUUCACCAAUUUAGGCAUUCAAAUUGCGUUAGAUGCAAGUCUCGUCUAUUUCUGGGGUUUUAGAUCCCUUGCAUAUUUGAUCCUCUCAACUUUCGUUGGAGGAGGAAUGCAUCCAAUGGCGGGUCACUUCAUCUCUGAGCAUUACGUGUUUCACCCGGAGCAGGAGACUUAUUCGUAUUAUGGGCCUUUGAAUUUGAUGACUUGGAAUGUUGGAUAUCAUAACGAGCAUCAUGAUUUCCCCAGGGUUGCUGGGAGCAGGCUUUAUAAGCUUAAGGAGAUUGCUCCAGAGUAUUAUGACAACUUGGAGUGUUAUAAGUCUUGGAGUCAGGUUAUUUAUAUGUACAUCAUGGAUCGGACUGUUGGACCGUUCAGUAGGAUGAAGAGAAAGGCGUCGAAUAAUGAUGGAGCCGCGAAGAAACAGAAGUAGAAGGCGGCAGUGAUGAUUGCCUCUGUGAUUCGAGAUUCUUGAUUGGGAUUGUUGUUUAAGUACGUUGGUUCGCUAAGGAUCAGAAGGGAACUUCUUGAUCAUCCAUUGGUAUUGUUUGAGAAUCGCAUGUCUUUAAUUCUUUUCUCGAAUGUCAUGUUUAUAAUUUAAACUAGAAUUGAACCUGCACUUCUUUUAUGCAUAUGAUUAUUUAUCGUUGUGGUCUGGUUGA